AUGUCCGCGCUGCUGACUACUCUGCGCGGGCCGUCGCAACCACUGCGGGUGGCGCAGACGUCCGUGCGCUCGUACGCCCGCAAGGAAGUGAGCACCGCCGGGGACCCGACGAAAGAGAAUCUCCGCAAGACACUCUAUCCGCCCAAUAUCCGGUCAAAGGCACCGCCAACGGGCACCUGGCGGCCAGACGUCGCGCGGGCGCUACAGGUCGCUGUACCCAGCCGGCAGGCGCACGAGACCAUCGAGCGCGCGUGGAAGCUGCACGUCCGGCACACGCGUAAACGACGUGAGGCCGAGCUGGCUCGCAAAUUCGAACGCAUGCGCGAGGCCAUGGACGAGCUCCAAAGAAUCGAUCCACGCCGAUAUAGGGAAGCCAACCGGGUGGUCGACCCCCGUGACCGUGCACCAGGAGAGGAGGACUGGCUCAAGACGCUUUCAGUAGCCCAACGACGCGCCUUCGAAAGUCGGUUGCCAGGCUUGUUCCCGAGGGAACUGCAUGUGCCGACGCAUACACCCCCACGGGAUGGCUGGAACUAUGAUUUCAAGCCUGUCAUGCCUCGCCAACCCAAGCAGGGGUCGUCAUAG